AUGAUACGUGUUGUGAACAAAUAUCAAAUCCACCAAGAGCUGGGUCGUGGUACAUACUCAGUGGUGUACUACAGCACAACAAUUCCAACAGGCACACCAGUUGCUCUGAAAGAAAUGAAGGAAUUUGAAAACUCGAAUGGCUUCCCACAAACAACUGCGCGAGAAAUCCGGUUUCUCCAACAGCUUAACCACCCAAAUGUUAUCAAAUUACUCGACGUUGUAACGUCUGAAAAGUACAUUGAUGGCACUGGCGCUCUUUUUCUUGUCUUUGAGUAUAUGCCACAUGACCUUCAAAGUCUUUUAUAUUCGCCCGUAGUUUCGACAACAAUAUCUUUUGCACAGAUCAAGGGGUAUCUCUUCCAGUUUUUAGUCGGGAUUAAUUAUCUCCAUAAGACUGGGAUUGUUCAUAGAGAUUUGAAGCCUAGUAAUUUACUGAUCAAUAACAAAGGAUACUUGAAGAUAGCAGAUUUCGGACUUGCGCGACGGGCAAGUAAAAGUGAGUGUAACAACAACGUGAUAACGUUGAAUUAUAGACCACCAGAAUUGAUAUUAGGAAAUGGGUUCUAUGGAACUGAAAUAGAUAUGUGGAGUGUUGGGUGUAUCAUAUUCGAGUGUUUGUUUAAGCGACCCCCAUUCACUGGAAGUUCCGAGUUGGAAAUAUUAACAAUGAUCUAUGGAGUCUGUGGUUCACCGGAUGAAAGUGACGCAAGACAAUUUAGAAGGUGGGAGGAGUAUAGACCAAACAAACCCUUUCCUUGUAGAUUAGUUGAGUUUUUGGAAAGAUGGAAAUGCUCGAUGGACCAAGAGGAAAUGUUGUCGAAAUUGAUUACAGUGGACAGAAAAGCAAGAGCUACCGCAGAACAAGUGCUUGGUAUGAACUUUUUUAAGUCUGAACCAACUCCCUUGUUGCCUUGGCAAAUGGUGGAAUACAAUAGUACAUUGGAAGUACACCAAGUCAACAUGUCACCAACAACUCCCAUCAAAUCACCACCAAUUAUAACUUUUGUAUGA